AGUAUUCACUGCCUUUCCGUUCGGCAAACAUAAAUUACAAAUUUUUAACUGUACGACGCCUUUCUGUUAGUCAAACCUAAAAUAUUACAUUUCUUAAUUGUUAAGAUUGUAGAAUAAACAAACCACCACCAUGUCUGACUACGAAAACCCUACCGAUUUCGAGAACCUGUCCCCCAACGACAAGGAGCUGCAGGAGUUCCUCAUGAUCGAGAAGCAAAAGGCACAGGUCAACGCUCAGAUACACGAGUUCAACGAGGUCUGCUGGGAGAAGUGCAUCGGCAAGCCAAGUGUCAAGUUGGACCAUGCCACCGAGACUUGUCUGAGCAACUGUGUCGACCGCUUCAUAGACACAUCGCUGCUGAUUACCCAGCGUUUUGCCCAGAUGCUGCAAAAGCGAAGCGAUUCCGGAAAUAUGUAGAAAAUCUGGGAGAGCUAAGAGAGGCAGGAUAAUCGGUAGCUGUUAAAUUUAUUUUAAAACUUCAAAACUAAGACACUCCAUAUCUACCGCCGUACUCAAGUUAUGGAAUGUCAGAGCACCUUCAUCCUUAACUGAAAUACAAUUUGCGUUUCCUAAACUAUAA